UUGAUCUCAGCCUUUCACUGGAGGAGAGAUUUGUGUUUCCUUACUUUAACCCGCACUUAAGUAUUUAUUUCAAAUAGACUGGGAUUUUUUGGACAAUUUAAGAAAGAAGAAUUUAUUUUUUUCUUAUCUUGCUGGAUACUGGGUCUCACCUUUGCCUGGGUCUCUAAAGAGGCCCGUCUGCUUCUGUGUUUACCUUUGUGACAACUGUGAAGAGGAUCUGCUCCUGAGAAUUAACGUAAAAUCCUGUCUUCAGCCUUUUUUUAAUACAGUUAUUGUUUUUGACAUGUAGUAAGUGUGGAAUAAACUCACAAACCUGAGGGACAGAGGACUAUCUAAAGGACCAACAUGUACAGCUGUGUCAGACUAUCAUACCUGGGAGUGUUGAUGACGGCGGUGGUCGCCAAGAAUAUGCUGGACGACUGUGUGGAGAAGAAGCCGAACUUCACAAUGAACGUGGUGCUGCUGGAGGACAGCACGUAUGCGUGGAGUCGACCGUUUGUUCAGCAAGCCGUGGAGGAAGCCAUCAGAGCAGACAAACUGGAGAACGAAAAACAUGGUUUAAAUUUCACUUUGACUGCUAACUACAACGGCUUCAGCACCAACCUGUACAACCGGCAGGGCUGUGGGAGCAGCAGCUGUGAGGGAGUGACCAUCCUCAAGUCGCUUUAUACUAAAGGUGAAAUUGGAUGUGUCAUGCUGGGCCCUUCCUGUACUUACGCCACCUACCAGUUAGUCGAUGAAAAAGUUGGCCUCCGUCUGAGUAUUCCCAUAAUCUCUGCUGGGAGCUUUGGACUUUCCUGCGACUUUAAAUCUAAACUGACCCGAAUCCUGCCCCCUGCACGCAAGAUUGUUGACUUAAUGAUCAACUUUUUAAAGGAAGAGUUAGCAUUUAAAGAUGAGUGGGAGCAAGUCUAUGUCUACAAAAACGGCAAAAAUGAACCCGAGGACUGCUUCUGGUACAUUAAUGCCUUGGAGGCACCCUCUCACAACUUUAACUUGAAAACAAACAGAGAGAUGCUUCGAGGAGAAGAGGAGCUUAAGGAAGCAUUUGACUCAGAGAAAAGACACAGCAACAUUAUCAUCCUAUGUGGGGGCGUCAGUGAAAUCAUUUCAAUAAAGAACUUGGGUAAGAAGAUCGACGAUGAGAUUGUAUUUGUGCUCCUUGAUGUUUACAAUCCUGAAUACUAUACCAACACAUCGUCCAUUAAGGAGAUGGAGAAUGUGGUGGUGAUCACUCUGCCUCAGAGGAACUACACCUACGGAGAAAACUCCACAUACAAUCAAACGAUUAAUGACUAUGUGGCUGGGUAUCAUGACGGUGCUCUGCUGUUUGGAAAAGUCCUCCGAGAGAAGAUGCUAAGUCAGCUAAGUAACGAGGAAUCCAAGACUGUUCCUUUAAAUGACAACCCUUUUGGAAACAUCUACUUUGAAGGAAUGGGAGGACACUAUGUGCUGGAUGAGCAUGGAGACAGAGACGCCAACUUCUCUAUGAUUUACACCUCCAAAGACUCUGGAAAGUAUGAAAUUCUGUUAGAGUUCGACACAUCCAAAAAUAAAACUGUCAAAACCCAUCCAAACCCUGCUCUGCCCUGGGAGGGAGGACGCCUGCCUCAAGAUGUGCCAAAAAGUACCAACGUAUUAAACACACAUGAUGUGAUCGUGAUUGUCCUGAGUCUCAGCGUCGUGGUGGUGACAGUCAUCGCUCUCAUUUUCUACAGGCAGAACAGGAAAGAGCGUCAGAUGCAGAAAAAGUGGGCUCACAUCGACUCACACAUGAUCAGUCCACUGGACGAGAAGGCCGUCUCUCUGAAGAUCGAUGAUGAUAAGAGGAAGGACAGCACAUACUUCAGUCACCGAGGACGCUAUGACAAGAAGCCUGUGAUCUUAAAAGAGCUGAAGCACAGCGAUGGAGACUUCACAGAGGAGCAGAGGAUUGAGCUCAACACUCUGCUGCGUAUGGAUUAUUACAACCUGACUAAGUUCUAUGGCACAGUGAAGUUUGAGUACGCUGUUUUUGGGGUGUUUGAGCUCUGUCAGAGAGGAUCGCUCAGGUACAUUUUGAACGACAGGAUCUCUUACCCAGAUGAGACCUUCAUGGACAUGGAGUUUAAAAUAUCUGUCAUGUACGACAUUGCAAAGGGCAUGUCGUAUCUCCACUCCAGUAACAUUAACGUCCACGGACGCCUCAAGUCCACCAACUGUGUUGUUGAUAACCGCAUGGUGGUGAAGAUCACAGACUUUGGCUGUCACACAAUCCUGAGGCCGGGAAGAGACGUGUGGACGGCCCCAGAGCAUCUACGUAGAGAUGGAGUGUCACAAAAAGGAGACGUCUACAGUUACGCUAUCAUCGCUCAUGAGAUCAUGAUGAGAAAGAGUCCUUUUUAUAAACAGUGCUGCUCUGAUCCUAUAGAUAAGAUCUACAGGGUGCAGUAUCCCAGUGGUUUGUCCGUCUUUAGACCUGAUCUUAACUUUGAUGGUGCAUCUGAGCAAGAGAUUGAGUUGUAUACCCUGAUAAAAACCAGCUGGGAUGAAGAUCCGGAGCGGAGGCCAGAUUUUAAGAAAAUAGAGUUAACUCUGGGAAAGAUUUUCAGUAAUCUGCACAAUCAAGCCAGUGAGACGUACAUGGACAACCUGAUCCGUCGUCUGCAGAUGUACUCAAGGACUCUGGAGCGUCUGGUGGAGGAGAGGACGUCUCUGUACAAAGCUGAGAGGGACAGAGCAGACCGCCUCAACUUCAUGCUGCUCCCUGGCCCUGUGGUGCGUUCACUGAAGGAGACAGGAAAAGUGAAACCAGAGCUUUUUGAGGAGGUUACCAUCUACUUCAGUGACAUUGUGGGCUUCACCACGCUCUGUCACUACAGCACACCCAUGGAGGUGGUGGACAUGCUCAACGACAUCUACAAAAACUUUGACAACAUCCUAGACCACCAUGAUGUCUACAAGGUGGAGACGAUCGGAGAUGCGUACAUGGUUGCAUCAGGUUUACCUAAACGUAACGGUGACAGACAUGCUGUGGACAUUGCCCACAUGGCCCUGGACAUCCUGUCCUUUGUUGGGACCUUUGAGCUGCAGCACCUGCCAGGUAUCCCUCUGUGGAUCCGGAUUGGUGUACAUUCAGGUCCAUGUGCUGCAGGAGUUGUGGGGAACAAAAUGCCUCGUUACUGUCUGUUUGGAGAUACAGUUAACACAGCAUCCCGUAUGGAGUCCACAGGCCUGCCUCUAAGGAUUCACGCCAGUGGCUCGACAAUCAGCAUCCUCCAGAGGACAGAUGGCAACUUUGAGUAUGAAAAAAGAGGAGAGACGUACCUGAAGGGUAAAGGCAAGGAGAUGACCUACUGGUUAACAGGAGUGACAGGAGGGAAAUACAACCUGCCAACACCUCCAACAGCGGAGAACUUCCAGCAGCUGCAGCAGAAUCUAGCCGAGAUGAUUGUUUCCAGUCUGGAGAAGCGAGAAGACGGGAACGAGCUCUUCAAGAAGACCCUGUCCACCAAAGUCAGUCGGAGAGAGACCAACAGCAGCCUUCAGGGAAGGGACAGCGCACCUGAGUACUUCCACCUGGCUGUAACGGACAACCCCAGCACCUACCUUUGAUCACCUGUAACUACACAGGAGCUCUGCAGAGGGGUGGACGAUGUAGGGGACGGUCUGUUCAAUCAGAACCGCGGGUUAGUGUGCCAGUGGAGCAGAGUUGGAGCAAACAGGCAUGAGGAACAGUGAUGUGGCUAGUGCAGGGUCCCAGUUCUUCAUUCUUCCUUCUCUCUAUCACAGAACAUGAACUAAAGUCAAGGCCGAAUUAGGGAAGAGAAAUCUACUUCAUGAAUCUUCCGUUGACACUUAUUAGGAAACAAAACAGUCGCUUCACUCCAAAAU